AUGGUUGAAAUCACAAUGAUUAGCAUAUUGUUUUUCAUGGCAGAUCCUUAUUGUCUAUGGAAAACACAAUUCACAGAAUAAACAUUUUCAUCACUCCCUUCUAAUUGGUACAUUACUGGGGCAUAUAGUGGAAAUAGACUUUCUACCUGCUCAGGUACAACUAUUAUUGGGGGAUAUGGAAUUGCUGCUGCUGGAAGCUAAAUACAUGGAUCAUAUUCUAACCUUCCAAGACAUAGUGCAAUCAAAGUGAGGAUAAAAAUGUACUAUGUUGAUUCAUGGGAUACAGAGGUAGCUACGAUUAACGUGGCUGGAUAUGUUACACAGAGAACUUGGUUUUUAGAUUGGGGACCAAGUAAUACUUGUGGAGUAGGUUAUAGAGAUGGGGUUGUUUGGGAAACUUUAUAAGGAAGUCAUACUGCAGAUUCUUUUAAUAUUUAGAUUACCAAUGGAUUGGAUGAGGAUGCAGGCAAUGAAUCUAUAGGUUUAAAGGACGUAGAAAUAUAUCUAAUUCCAAUUUAAUGCAUAUAAUUUUUUAGUGAAUGUAAUUAUACUGGAACAAUGAAGGAACUUUGUCAAGGAGCCCCAAAUUUGGAUAGGAGAAAUAUCCCUUAAAAAAUAAAAUCAAUAAGACUUCAUGGCUGUGGAUAGGUUAAACUAACAAGAAAAGGAUUGGGCUCAAUAACAAUAACUGAAAAUACUCCAUGUUUACCAGAAUUUGAUUUUCCUCCAGUUGAAAAUUUAAAUAGAUGAAAUGUAUAAAAUUGAUAAGUUUUAAGUACUUUAUUGAAUUCACUUUUCUAUUUUAAUUAAUUAAAAUAAUUUUAUUU